AUGGCUUGCGCAAACGGCUCCAAGCCGUUGCUCCUGCCUUGGGCAAACAACACUGUCUCCGCUGACGGCACUGUCCUCACCAGAGGCAUUUCUUUCGCUAUCGGCACUCCUCCGCAACCCUUUUCCUUAACACCAUCGACGCUUUCCGACAAUCUCUUCAUCAACAAUGCAGCCGAGUGCGUGGCAACUACGAACACCAGCUGCAUUGGCCAACUCGGUGGCAUCUAUGAUAGUGCAACUUCGACUACGUUCAAAGAGGUAGACUACGCAACAUGGACAGGCAGCAGAGAGUCCGUCGAUCUGGCAUACGCGAGCUCUUACAUCUUUUUCGACGAUGCCGCCGCGUUUGGUCUGAAACCGGAGGCGAACAAGUUCGCAACCUUUCCCAUGUUAACCAAUGGAUCUACCGAUACAAGCGCAGACGCGCUCAUGAAGAACGAGCCAAGCUAUCGAGCAACUCUGCCUCUAGGAAUGGACUCGAGCUUCUUGAACUACCUCGUGGACGCUGGCCAAGCUUCUUCCCGAACGUAUGGACUAUGGGCCGGAUCAGAAUCUGAAGAAGCACCUCAAGAUGGCUUGAUCGUUGUUGGUGGCUACGACGAAAGCCGUCUCAAAAGUGCAGCCACUACCUUUCCUAUGUUUUCCGACUGUCCAACUUGCGCUAUCCUUACGGCCAUCACGUACGAUGUUGGCGGUAAGAGCACCACGCUCUUCGCGGACGCAAAGGACACUCUUGUUGUGCAUCUUGACCCUUUCUCAUCUGACAUUAGACUGCCAGCUGCGAUGUUGGACAACCUUGCUGCGGCGGAGACUACUGCCUUUUGGAACGAAACCUCGCGUCACUUCGAGCUUCCUACCGACCCAGCUCCCGCAGGCACCAUCACCGUCACGCUGUCGGAUAUGGGCACCCCCGGCGGCGACGCAUCCAAACCCUCUGUCGCAACUUACAAGUCCGUCAUUCCAGCGACUGAGCUCUACAGCCGGCCCCGGGCAUACAAUGCUGCAGGGCUGUACGAAGUGGACAAUGCGACAGUCUUCAACAUGGCCGUGACGAACCAAACCGGACCUACUACCAUGACCAUCGGAACCUUGGGCCUACCCUUCUUCACACAAAACUACCUCAUUGUCGAUCCCGACGCGCAAAACUUCCAGCUCGCACCUGCAGUCGUCACAGCAGCCGACCCCAAAGGCGCUGAUGCGAAGGUUAAGCAAGUGUGUCGCGUCUUGCCAGGCGCAAAGGCAAAGACUCAAAUCGGCCCUAUAGUUGGAGCAGCGAUCGGUGGCAUCGUCGGUGCACUUCUAAUUGUCGCUCUGGUCUGGUGGUUGCGCAGACGCAGGAACAACGCAAACGGUCAACGGCACUCUCGUGGCGAAAGCGACGCACCGACCGCGACAUCACAGAACCCAAUCGUCCGACGCACGCAAGACCACGUUUCUCUGGACAGCAGCUCCCUCGACCUACCGCGCCAGAUGCCUGCUGCACCUCCCUCCGCCAUGGUGCUGAGCGACGGUACUACAUUCCCAUCCCCAAUCUCCGGCCGUUCAAAGAGCAAGCUCGGCGGCAAACAUGAAGAUCCUCGGAGGGGCUUGGUCCACGACAGCUUCAAGAAGGUCGACGAAGAGAACGAUGGAAGACUCUUGGACGAGAGACCUAUGGGACUGAGCGAGACGAUCCAUUCACGAGGAACUCUACCGAGGUUGGCAGCGGAGCAUACGGUCGAAUGA